AUAAACAAAUGGCAUACAACUACUAUAUAAGCCAUGGAUCAGUUUACUGCUAUUCAUGUACCUACCUCCAGUUCAGUUUUUGCUGGCCAACAUGGGAUACACGUGGACAGCUCUUCUAUUAUUUACCUUUCUUUUCAACAAAGGUAUCGCAAAUGACUGCGCACCGUAUCGCGUUGAAAACGUCUUAGUUGCAUGCGUUUGUAAUGCAACGUAUUGCGAUGGAAUACCGGAGAAUAGACCGGAAGUUCCGAAAAUAGGUAGAUCUCACUGGUAUCAGUCGAACAGAGACGGUCUGAGAUUGAAAUGGUCAGAAGUGAACUUCAAUGAAAAUAAUCAAGAUUUCUCUGCCGAUGUAACGCUGGAGAUUGAUGACGUAAACAAAUACCAAAAGAUUUUUGGAUUUGGUGGCGCAUUUUCUGGUGCUACCGGCUUUCACAUAGCAAGCCUGAGCUCAGCCACUCAGGAACAACUGAUGCGAACAUAUUACCAUCCAAAAACCGGAAGUAGAUAUACACUGGGUCGCAUACCCAUUGGUUCAUCUGAUUUUUCCCUAAGACAUUACACGUAUGAUGACACACCCAAUGAUGUCCAACUUAAUAAUUUCGCACUCACACACGAUGAUGAGCGUUACAAGAUACCGUUUGCAAAGAGAGCUCAUUCGAUAAAUCCCGACACUAAAUUCUUUGGUGCUGCCUGGACUGCUCCAGAAUGGAUGAAAACCGAUAACGGCGGACUUUCUUUCUUAAAACAAGAAUACUACCAAACCUAUGCCAACUAUCUGAUGAAGUUCUUGGACAGUUAUGCAAAACACGACAUUCGCAUGUGGGCACUUUCAACUGGUAACGAACCGUCAGCUGCCGAAAUAUUUAAGAACAGCGAUGUUACUAUGGGAUGGACACCUGAAACAAUGGCUAACUGGAUUGCUAAUAACUUGGGUCCAACGCUAACAUCAUCGAGAUCGCAUGAUACUAAAAUUAUGAUUUUUGACGACGAUAAAACGACAUUAUCCGAGUUUGCCAAGCCAAUACUUCGACACGAAAACUCAGAACGAUACGUUGCUGGAAUAGGUGUACAUUGGUAUAAAGAUGACGAAAGUCCCCCAACAAAAUACACAUUAAGUAAAAUACACAAUGACUAUCCGCAGAAAUUUAUUCUUAUGACCGAAGCAUCCAACGGACCUCCAGUAUGGAAUACUCCGAACGUUACAACGGAAUCAUGGUUACGAGGUGAAAAAUACUUUUUAAGCAUAUUGGAGUACAUGAAACAUUGGUCUAUUGGAUGGGUAGACUGGAAUUUGGCUCUGGACCAAACUGGUGGACCAAAUUUAGUAAAUCUUCAUAGUGACGCCGCCAUUAUCGUGAACAAAGAAAAGGAUGAGUUUUAUAAGCAACCAAUGUAUUAUGCUAUCAAGCACUUCAGCAGAUUCAUUCCCAGAGAUUCUCAGAGAAUUUCCAUUACCGAAACUAGUACCGUCAGAGCUACAGCCUUCCUUACACCUUUAAAAGAAACCGUUGUAGUCCUAUACAACAGGGCUAAUACUACACAACGUGUAGUUUUGCAUGAUUUGCGAAGAGGUAACAUGCAAGUAGAAUUAUCUCCACAAUCUAUGAAUACUUUCAAAUACAAGUAAUGUGACUUUCAUAUACGACGAUACCAAAUCUAAUUCAAUACUUUCAAAUGCAAGUGAUGUGACUUUCUUAUACGACGAUACCGAAUCUAAUUCAAAAUGCAAUUGUAAACGAUAUUAAA